CCAAGCUCAAAUUUUAUUUUGAAUGGAUAAUUAUUGAUUACAAGUCUUUUGCAAUGUAUGUAAGGCAAAGAAAAACUGCCGAAAAAAAACGUCGAAGGCCGUAGCAACGGCAUCCUUUGGCCGUUAGAUCAAUAUCAAAAUCUCUAUUUAUUCGUUUUUAAGUGUUUGAAACGUGCUGAGUCAAAUUUAUUUACACUGUACUGUUUACAAAUUAACUUAAAAAAAUCGAUAACAACAAUGACAACAUUAUCUGUAAAUAGUUCAACGUUUCUUCCAUUUGAUGUUAGUCGCAUACGAUCGACAUUAGAUGAAAAAACUUUAUCGACGAAUGCUUUACAAUUUAUGAAUGAGUUAGAAACAAUGCAAAAGAAACGUGUGGAAAAUCCGUCAGUAAAAAAUUUAGCAAACCCUAGUAACAUACAACAAUUGAUGACGAUGAUGAAAGGUAGUUAA